CGGAGCGGCAAAUUGUCCCUGCUUCACGCGACUAAACACGUGCAUACAGCGUCUCACAGCCCUCAGCCUCUCCGCACAGCCUCCGAGACCCCAACCUGCAAACGUGGUCGCAGCUGAUGCGCCCAUUGCUGCAUAAAUCCACAUGGGCGAUUGGCAAAGAACCGCCCAGGGCGGGCGGGAGCGCCUAGCGCACCGCGCUACCGGCAGAGCACGCGGACUUCGCUCGCUCCCAGUACCCCAAUCCACACUCGCUGACCGGCCGCUCCCAGCAAAAAUUGGCCGACCCGGCCGCCCCUCCCGAUACCUUCCGCGACCUGAGACCCUUUCCCGGGGAGCGCGCCCUCACCGCCCCGCCCCGCGCGCAGACAACAAAAACAACGAUGACGUGCAACACCAAGCUCAUACUCUGCGCCGCCGUGCUCCCCGCCAUAUCGUCGCUCGCGAUCGGGGGCCGGCGGCUCCGCAAGAACAUCAAGAUGCCCGACCCGGUGCCCCGCGAGGGCAUCGACGAGGUCAUCAAGACCAUGGAGUCGGGCAAGCUCUUUAGAUACAACGUCGCGUCGAAGGAGGAGUCGCAAGUUUCCCUCGUGGAGAAGGAGUUCUCGGACUUCACGGGCCACAAGUUCGCCGUCGGCCUCAACUCGUGCGGCAGCGCCAUCUUCCUCAUGCUCAAGUGCGCCGGCGCGCAGCACGGCGACAAGGUGCUGACGAACGGCUUCACGUUCACGGCCGUGCCGUCGGCCAUCGUCCACGCGGGCUGCGACCCCGUCUACGUCGAGACGACGCCGGGCUACGUGGUGGACGUCGCCGACCUCGAGAAGAAGAUGGACGCGAACCCGGACUGCAAGUACUUUAUUGUGUCGCACAUGCGCGGCAAGUUGGCGAGCAUGGACGCGAUCAAGAAGUUGUGCGACGCCAAGGGCGUCGAGUUACUGGAAGAUUGUGCUCAUUCCCUGGGCGUGUUGUGGAACGGCGGCCACUCGGGCCACCACGGCACGAUGGCGGCCUUCUCCUCCCAAAGCUACAAGAUGCUCAACUCCGGCGAGGGGGGCUUCUUCGUCACGGACGACGACUACGCGGCCGCGAGAUGUAUGGCCUACGCCGGCGCCUACGAGGCCCUGGCGGACAAGCACUACUGCCGCCCCUGCGACGCGGCGCUGGCCAAGGUCAUGGACGGCAGCAUCCCGAACUUCUCGCUGCGCAUGCACGAGGGCACGGCGGCCAUGCUCCGCCCCCAGAUCAAGACGAUCGAGGCGCGCCGCGCGGAGUACAACGAGCGCUACUACCGCAUCGCGGCCCAGCUCAACGCGCUGCCGGGCUGCUCCGUCGAGGACCAGCUCCCGCAAGUUACCAUUGUUGGGGAUUCGGUCCAGUUCAACGUCGAGGCCACGGCACUCGGUGACGACUUAGACGCCGGCGCCGACGCCUUCCUGGCCAAGUGCGCCGCGCGCGGCCUGCCGGUCGAGCGCUUCGGCUCGGGCAGCAACGCGAGGAAUUUCAAGAACUGGAAGUACGCCAAGGCGCCGGAGUGCGGUUUACCGGUCACGGCGGACAUCAUCUCGCGCGCCUUCGACGUCCGCUUACCCCUGUUAUUCGAGGAGGAGGAUUUUGAGAUCAUGGUCGAGAUCAUCCAGGAGUCGCUCGCCGAGGUCGCCGCCGGCGAGCUCGAGGUGAAGGAGCAGGAGGUCGCCUACGCCCGCUAAAUCGUUCGUU